ACACACAAUCCAACGAUGGGAUCAACGGGAUCCCAAACGGGGCGCAAUGGGCCACAGGCUCUGUCGCUGCUCUGGCGUCUAUUUGCCAUUCUGCUCGUACUGAAUGCCUGUCAUAUAUCGUUCAUCAAUGCCAAGCAAAUCUCAAAUGUGGAAGACAAUGAUAACAUGUUCAUUGAUGGCGAGGGCGCCUAUGCCCUCGACGAUGAUGUCAAAACGCACGCGUAUGCGCCACUUAUCGAUGAUGCACCCAUGGAGGGCAGUUGGUUCCAUCGUGGUGUGCGACGCGUGCGUCGUGAGCUGACGCGUCUCUUUGGCAAAGACAAAGAUGCGCAUCAACAUCAUCAUCAUCGACAGAAGCGUCUCUCGCAUGCCGUUUACAAGCGCAAGACGGCACAACCGGCACAAAAGUCGAACAGGAAGCGCGCUUCCGACUAUUACGAAGGCGAGGGAGGUUCUGGCACUGAAAUUGUCGAGUCUGCGCUAUAUCGCACUCGCUUCACUGUCAAUGAGCCAUACCGCAAUGACUUUGCCGAUAAACAAAGCGAUCAGUUUCGCACACUAAACGACGAUAUCCAGACGGGUCUGCGUAACCUCUUGCGCGAUAAUUACGACAACGAUGAUUCGGACAAUGAGCUGCAUAGCACGCUGCUUCAAGUCGGCCCCACUGAUGAUCAAUACAAAAGCUAUGUGAUUGUUAAUCUGGAUAUGCCCGGCAAUGUUGUGGACUUUGAGAGUAAAUUACGUAAACAAUUGCAGACGUAUCAUAAGAUUGGCGAGCAAAGUGCCUCCUUUGAUAAUGACUUCUACUUCCGUCCCAUACAAGAAUCACAACGAAAUGAGGAUCCAAAUCAACCGAAUCCUUAUGCUGCCAAGCCUACAAAUCCCGAAUUGGACACCGAUCCAGAGGAUAACGAUAUCGAUGCUGAUACCGAGCCGUUCGAUGAGAAUGAAGCCGAUGAUCAGUGCAAUUCACCCAACGAAAGUUUUCAGUGUAAUAGCGGCAGUCCCUAUAUGAUCUCAUGCAACGAAGUUUGCGACAAUGUGCCGCAUUGCGAGGAUCAUUCCGAUGAGGAUGCUGAGCUCUGCGAACUCAUCAAUCAGAAGCGUGCACGUCAGCAGCCGCCAUUCCAGCAGCCACAGGAACAGGAUGCGAAUCCAGAACGCAGUCCGACACCCAACUGGGAGAAUUUCAGUGAAUGCAAGUCGGAUGAUGAUGAUUUUCAGUGUCCGUAUGGCGCCACGUUGAGUGUCGCCUGUUCGGAUGUUUGCAAUGGACGUCACGAUUGCGAGGAUGGCGCCGAUGAGAACCCGGAAAAGUGCAACCGUCGCAAUGAAAACAAUAACAGCAACAACAACAACAACAACAACAACAACAACAACUUUGAAGACACAAACACUGCGUUGAAUGCGAACGCAAAUCCAAAUUAUCUGACACCGACUGAGACGACCGAUGAAAUUGAAAGCUCGGGAGAUGUUGAAUGCCGCGGUGACGCAACUUUCUUCUGCCAUCGCUCCGAUACCAGAGUCUGCGAUGAGAUGAGAUGCGAUGGCAUUUCCAACUGUCCCAAUAACGAAGAUGAGGAGAAUUGCCCAGCUCCGCCAGUUGUUUGCAAUGAGUAUGAAUUCAAAUGCGAUGAGAAUCGCUGCCUAGCGCUUGAUUAUCGCUGUGACGGCGUCACCCAGUGCGACGAUGAGACCGACGAGGCCGAGUGCCCCAAAGUUGAACCAGAGCCAGUUGAGCCAGACGAAGAGCCUGAGCCACAGCCAGACGAAGGCGCUGAGACAGGUCCAGAUCCAGAUCAAGAGCCUGAGCCUCAACCUCAGCCUCAGCCUCAGCCUCAGCCUGAACCAGAGCCAGAGCCACAGCCUGACGAUAAUCGCGAUGAUGAGCGAACUGAGACACCGGAAUGCCAUGCAAACGAGUUUAGAUGCCACAAUGGUCAAUGCAUUGAUGCUAGCAAGCGUUGCAACAAUGAACCCGAUUGUUCAGAGGGCGAGGAUGAAGGCGAUGAUUGUCCUGCCGCCUGCAGCGAUCAGGAAUAUCAAUGUCGCGAUACUCGUUGCAUUAGCCUGAGCCUUCAGUGCGAUGGUCGUAACGAUUGCAACGAUGGCGACGAUGAGGAGCACUGCGAUGGAAGUGGCUUCGAUGCCGAUUCGUGUCAAUUUAAUGAGUUUCGUUGCGGCAACGGUGAAUGCAUUCCGAUACGUCAGGUCUGUGAUAAUAUCUACGAUUGUACCGAUUAUACAGAUGAGCAAAGCUGCGAUCCCAACGAUAUCAAAGAUAACUUCGAUACGGUGGAUGAAGAUGGCAUUAUACGCAACUAUGGCGAUCAUAAUCGAAGAACGCAAACCAGCAAAGACUAUGGCAAUCAUAAUCAUAAUCGAAACGAACACAACGAUAACAAUAACAAUAUCGAUAACAAUGGCCUGCACGAGCUGGAUGUUAACGAAUACGAAAUGUAUCAUCCGCACGAUAUAUACGAAAAUCCAAAUGCACAAAACACUUGCGCCCCAAAUCAAUUCAAAUGCCGUAAUAAUAUUUGCAUACCAUUGCAUCUACGCUGCGAUGGUUAUCGACACUGCAACGAUAUGAGCGAUGAGGAUAACUGCGACCAAUAUAGGCGCCAGCCAACAACACGCGGACCCACGCCAAUACGCACGACACCAACACCACGAGCAACAACAAGAACAACACGGACAACAACUCGUCCAAAUGUUUAUCCAUGGGCAACGUUCGGGCCCGAUGCGCUGGAACGCAAAACAUCCACCACCACUAACCCCUAUACCAUAACCACAACAGGAACAGCGCGCUGUGCCGAGGAUCAGUUCCGCUGCCGCAACGGUGAUUGCGUCUCUCAGGAUGCUGUCUGCAAUGGCUAUGCCGAGUGCCAGGAUGCUUCCGAUGAGGCCGAUUGUGAUCUCAUGACUUGCCAGGCACAUCAGUUCCGUUGCCGUAAUGGCCAGUGUGUUAGCGCCACGUUGCGUUGCAAUGGACAGACCGAUUGCCAAGAUAGCUCUGACGAGAUGAAUUGCGCACAAGAACAACACCCACCAAACCGCAAUCAGUUGAAGCUGAAGACCUAUCCCGAUAGCCAGAUCAUUAAAGAAAGUCGUGAAGUUGUCUUCCGUUGUCGUGACGAGGGUCCAGCCCGUGCCAAGGUCAGGUGGACACGUCCCGGCGGUUUGGCCUUGCCUGUGGGCUUUAGCGAUAAGAAUGGACGUUUGGAAAUUCCCAACAUACGCGUCGAAGACUCUGGCACUUAUUUGUGUGAAGCGGUCGGCUAUCCCAACUAUGAACCCGGACAGCAUGUUACCGUGCAUUUGACUGUUGAACGCUUCAAUGCCAUCGAUCACGAACGUCCGCCCACAGCCUGCACUGAGUACCAGGCCACCUGUAUGAAUGGCGAGUGUAUCGAUAAAUCGCAAAUCUGUGACGGCACACCACACUGCUCGGAUCAAUCGGAUGAGCAUAGUUGCAGCCAUGGACGUCGUUGUCAGCCAAAUCAAUUCCUCUGCAAUAAUCAAAAGUGCGUGGAACGCACUUGGCGUUGUGAUGGUGAAAACGAUUGCGGUGAUAAUUCCGAUGAAGAGUCCUGCGAUCCAGAGCCAAGUGGUGCACCUUGUCGCUACAAUGAAUUCCAAUGCAGCAGCGGCCAUUGUAUACCAAAGAGUUUCCUCUGCGAUGAUGUGAACGAUUGUCGCGAUGGCAGCGAUGAGAUUGGCUGCAUUGAACCUGUGCCCAUACGCCCGCCACCACCGAUGGUACAACUGGAUGAGGGACAAGCAUUGGAUCUAACCUGCACUGCAACCGGCAAGCCCAUGCCCACAAUUGUCUGGCGCCUCAACUGGGGUCAUGUGCCCGACAAGUGUGUGUCGAAGAGCACCGCCGUCGGCACCACCGUACGUGGUGAUCUUCAUUGUCCCGAUAUGCAAUAUCAGGAUAGCGGUGCCUAUUCCUGUGAAAUCAUCAAUACACGCGGCACACACUUUGUUACCCCCGAUUCGAUUGUUAAAGUUACCCCCCAUCGCAAUCAGUACUGCGAGGCUGGAUUCUUCAAUAUGUUGGCACGCAGUCGUGAGGAUUGCAUUAAAUGCUUCUGCUUUGGCGUUGCCAGCUCUUGUGAUAGCGCCAAUCUCUUUAGCUAUGCCAUACAGCCGCCCAUACUCUCGCAUCGCGUCGUAACCGUCGAACUGAGUCCCUAUCAGCAGCUGGUUAUCAACGAUGCUACCGGACAUAAUCUGGUAACACUGCAUCAUGGUGUUCGCUUCCGUGCCUCUGAUGUCCAAUACAAUAGCCGUGAGUCGCCCUAUCUGGCGCUGCCCAGCGAGUAUAUGGGCAAUCAGCUCAAAUCAUAUGGUGGACAGCUCAAGUACGAGAUGAGCUACACAGGCACGGGACGUCCCUCAAGCGGACCCGAUGUAAUCAUGACAGGCAAUGGUUUUACACUAACGAAUCGUGUGCGCAUUAUGCCCAAUCAGGUGAACAAGGUGGCAGUAUCCUUCCUGCCAGGCAGCUGGCUGAAACCCGACGGUCGUCGUGCAACACGCGAAGAGAUUAUGAUGAUCUUGGCCAAUGUGGAUAACAUACUCAUACGCUUGUCUUACAUUGAAGCCACUGAGCGUGAGGUGGAACUGGUUAACAUUGCUAUGGACUCAGCAGGCACCUCAGAUCAGGGUCUGGGCAGCGCAUCGCUAGUCGAGAAAUGCAACUGCCCACCUGGCUACGUCGGCGACUCCUGUGAGAGCUGUGCACCUGGCUUUGUGCGUCAGCCUGGCGGCGCUUGGCUGGGCCACUGUGUGCCCUUCGUGCCCGAGCCCUGCCCCAGCGGCACCUACGGUGAUCCACGUCGUGGCAUACCCUGCCGCGAUUGCCCCUGCCCACAGAGUGGCAGCAAUAACUUUGCCACCGGCUGUCAACUUAGUCCCGAUGGCGAUGUCAUCUGCAAUUGUCGCACUGGUUAUAUUGGACGUCGCUGCGAAACCUGCGCCGAUGGCUAUCAGGGCAAUCCGCUGGCACCUGGUGGCAGUUGUCAACUCGAGCCCGAUAGCAGCUGUGAUGCCGAGGGCACGCUGCAAGUUCGCGAAGAUGGCAGCUGUCAUUGCAAGCAGCUUGUGCAAGGCGACCGUUGCGAUACUUGCGCGCCACGUAGCUUCCAUUUGAACUCAUUCACCUAUACGGGUUGCAUUGAAUGCUUCUGCAGCGGCUUGGACUCCGCUACAUGCACCAGCAGCAGCUGGUAUCGCGAUCAAGUCAGCACCAGCUUUGGACACUCACGCUCCUCCCAUGGCUUCAAUUUGAUACGCAACUAUCCACAGCCGGAGCCAGCGGUAGUCCAACCGAGCAACCGCGGCCUCACACUCAACUUUAACAUGGAACAGGAGAAUAGCGCCGAUGUGCUCUACUGGAGUCUGCCAGCCGAGUUCUUGGGCAACAAGCUGACCGCCUAUGGUGGCAAGUUGAACUACACACUGAGCUACAGUCCACAGCCGGGCGGUCAAAUGUCGCGCAACAAUGCCCCCGAUGUUGUCAUCAGCGGCGAGGAUAUGCUCUUUGUCCACACACGCAAAUCUGCCGUUAGUCCCAGCGUUUCGAGCUCCUAUGCAGUGCCCAUUAUUGAGUCUAAUUGGCAGCGCCCCGAUGGUCAGGUGGCCAAUCGUGAGCUGCUACUCAUGGCACUCAGCAAGGUCAGUGCUAUUUAUAUUAAGGCCACAUAUACGACCAGCACCAGGGAGGGUGCCUUGCAGCAUGUUACCCUGGAUACCGCCAAGAUGGAUCAAUCUGGCAAUGCAAUGCGCGCUUAUGAGGUGGAGGAAUGCCGCUGCCCCACGGGCUAUCAGGGACUCUCUUGUGAACGCUGCGCCCCUGGCUUCAAACGUCACAACGAGGAUGGUCUCUAUUUGGGACUCUGCGAUGCCUGCGAGUGCAAUGGACAUUCGACCGAAUGCGAUGCUGAAUCCGGCGUGUGCAUGAAUUGCGCCGACAAUACCGAUGGCGAUUUCUGUGAUCGUUGCGCCGACGGCUAUACUGGAGAUGCUACACGUGGCAGCAACGGCUGCCAGCCGAGGAAUGACGAUGACCGGCCAGAGCCGCAACCACAACCAGAUCCGGAUAAUCAGUUGAGCUGCAGCUGGUGUAACCAGGAUGGCACUCAAACCUGCUCGAAUAAUGUCUGCCAUUGCAAACCGAAUGUUGUGGGCGAUCUUUGUGACAAAUGUCGUGCCGGUACCUUUGGAAUGUCGCAUGAUAAUGCCAAUGGCUGCAAGGACUGUUACUGCUCCGGCGUGUCGAACCAAUGCAGUUCGGCAUCGUUGUAUCGUCAGCUCAUACCCGUCGACUUUAUCGAUAGCAAGCCACUGAUAACGGAUGAGGAUGGUGUCGAGAUGGACAAGUCAACCGAAUUUGAUAUUAUUAACAAUAUGUACAUUUAUGCUUAUCCCUCGUACUCGAUUAAAUACUGGAGUCUGCGCGGCAAGGUGUUGGGCAAUAAGCUCAACUCGUAUGGCGGUGAGCUGCAGUACACGCUGCUCGUGGAAUCCAAUGGUCAAUUCCAGCCUGGCAGUGAUGUCAUACUUAUUGGCAAUGGCAUACGCCUGAUUUGGUCGCGUCCGUCUGAGGACUCGCAUCUGAACGAUUACCGCGUCCGCCUGCAUGAGACCGAUCAAUGGCGACGCAAGGAUCGCGGCAGCAUUGAGAUGGCCACACGUAACGACUUUAUGACCGUGCUAGCCAAUCUCGAGCAUAUACUGAUACGCGCCAAUCCCAAGAUACCCACUGAACGCAGCUCGAUUGCCAAUGUCAUACUCGAGUCAUCCAUUGAUGUGCAAGCCCCAGGCUCACGUCAUGCCGUCGACAUUGAGGUCUGCAAAUGCCCCGCCGGCUACACGGGCAACAGCUGUGAGACUUGCGCUCCCAUGCACUAUCGUGAUGAGAACGGACAUUGCCGCAGCUGCCCAUGCGUGGAGGAGAAUAGCCACCGCUGCUUCUUGGGUAGCAAUGGCUAUGUGGAGUGCCAAUGCAAGAGUCGCUACACUGGCGAUCGUUGCCAGGAUAUUGACUAUAACAACAAUGAGAACAAUAACGAGGAUACGGACAAUAACGAGGAUGCCGACAACAAUAUUCGCACCCAGAUUGUGGUAUCGAUAGCCAAGCCACAGAUUACGAUCAUGCCAGUGGGUGGCUCCAUGUCACUCUCCUGCUCGGGACACAUGAAAUGGAAUAAUGAUCCUGUCGUAGUUAGCUGGUAUAAGGAGAAUAGUCGCCUGCCCAGCACAGCUGAAGUCGAUGGUGGCAUGUUGCAUAUUUAUAAUCUACAGAUCACCGAUUCUGGCGUUUAUAUUUGCCAGGCAAUCAAUCAACAAACUCAGCGUCCAUAUACAGAUAAGGUGUCCAUUACCGUUACACAUGAAUCACAACGCUCGCCCGCCAGGAUCGUCAACUGGCAGAAUAGUGUCACCUUUGAGGAAUAUCAACCCAAUGAGAUUAACUGCGAGGCCGAGGGUAAUCCCAUGCCAGUUAUUACCUGGACACGCGUCGAUGGUCAAGUUGAUGGCCAUACACGCACCGACAAUGGCCGCCUGAUCUUUGACUCGCCACGCCGCUCCGACGAGGGUCGCUAUCGCUGCCAGGCAAACAACAAUGAGGGCCAAGUGGAUGAACGCUAUGUGGAGUUGCAUGUGCGUGUCAGUGGACCACAGCCGCCGCCAAUGCGUGAACGCGUCUACAUACAGCCCCAGGACUACAAUGGCUAUGCCAGCGACACUGUGCGCUUCACCUGCCAAUCGACCAGCGGUGCCAGUCUGCACUAUCAGUGGCUGCACGAUGGUCGUCCACUGAGCUCGCAGCAACAGCGCAACAUUUACAUAAGCGGUGAUACGCUAGAGAUUCGUGAUGCUACCCCCAGAGAUUCGGGCAUCUACACCUGUGUGGGCACGGAUCUGCGCUCACGUCGCAAUUAUACUGAAAAUGCACGCGUCUAUAUUGAGGAUCGUCAUCAGCAACAGCCGGACGAUGGCAUUAAGCCACGCAUUGCGGUCAUGACAGAUCAGCAUUCGAUUGUUCAAGGCGCCGAUUUGAGCAUUACUUGUGAGGCAAGCGGCUCUCCUUAUCCCAGCAUCAAGUGGAUGAAGGUUAGCGACUCCUUGGCAUCCAAUGUACAGAUAACUGGCAAUGUAUUGCGCAUUAUUAAUGCAAUGCCCGAUAAUCGCGGCAUCUAUCUUUGCCUCGCCGAGAAUCCAAAUGGUUCCGAUCAAGCCAGCACGACUAUUGAUGUUGAACCUCGGGAACGACCGAGCAUUGAGAUAACACCAUCGGCGCCCCAAACGUAUCAAGUUGGGGCCCAAGGAUUGUUAUAUUGUGCCGCCAAUGGCAUUCCAACGCCAACGGUGCAAUGGCGACGCAUCGAUGGUUCCCCGCUAACUCCCCGACACAAGGAGCAAUCACCUGGCUAUAUACUCAUUGAUGACAUCCAAGUUGCUGAUGCCGGCGAUUACGAGUGCGUUGCUGAGAAUGCCGUUGGACGCGUUACCGGCGUUGCCACCUUGCGCAUAACUGAGCAACCUUUGAUACAAUUGGAUCCUGACCAAUCGCUCAUAAGCUACACCGAAGGCGAUGAGGUGCGCAUUAGUUGCAUUGCCAGCGGCUAUCCCAACCCCUCAGUUAGCUGGGAUGGCGGUGCCCCAGCGAGGGAGUUCAUGCCCGCAGGUCAACCAAUGGGAAAUAUCGCCCAUUUGAAUAUCUAUCGUGUUACCCAAGCCGAUGCUAGAGUCUAUACCUGUACGGCAACAAAUGAAGCGGGCACCGAUGAGCGCACCAUACGCAUUGAGGUCAAAGCCAAGCGCGGCGAUGUGGGUGACGCUGAUGGCGAUGUCGACAGUAAUCCGCAUCAACCUGAUCCAUAUCGUCCACCUUACCAGCCACAGCGACCCAACAACUAUGGCGAAAAUCAGCGUUUUACCACCAAUCUGGGCGAUAAUGUAACGCUCACCUGCGAAUUGGGACCAUAUCUAACAGCACGUUGGGAGCGUGUCGAUGGUCAGCCUCUGCUACAUAAUGCGCACUCGGUACAGAAUAAGUUGAUAAUCCUAUUUGUUGAGGAACGCAAUUUGGGACAAUAUCGUUGCAAUGCGCUGGAUUCGCGCAACUCUGUGGUUACCUAUGUGGUGCGUGAAUUGGUUCUGCUGCCAUUGCCCCAGAUCACCUUCCGUCCGGGCAUGCCGCUUGAGGUGGAGACCGAUCGAAAUGUUGAAAUCUACUGCCAGGCCACAAACGCACGUCGCGAAGAUGUGCACUGGGCCACCGAUAAUAAUCGUCCACUGUCCAGCUCUGUUAUAACCGACGGUCCUGUGCUGCGCUUCAUUGCCAUUCGUCCAGCUGAUGCUGGUGGCUAUAUCUGCACUGCCAGCAAUCAAUAUGGCAAUACCACAUCCACUGCCCAAGUGGUGGUGCGUCCACCGAAUCGUUAUGAGACUGUGCCAUAUGCCAAAACGCAAAUCGCUCGCGAGGGUGACAGCUUCCAGUUGAGCUGCGUGGUCGAGCAUAACACUGGCGUUCGUCGCGAUAAUGUUCAGUUCAAUUGGUAUCGUGAGGAUGGCCAACCACUGCCACAUAAUGCACGUCCCGAUACUGCGGUGCUCACAUUGACAUCGUUGCGUAUGGAGGAUGCUGGUCGCUAUAUAUGCGAUUCGUAUGAUAUCAAUUCGGGUCGUCAUUUGCCCGAAACCUCCGUCGAUUUGCGUGUACAGCCAUAUACAACCAUACCCUGCAUGUUCUUUGUAUACUGUCGAGACUUUCAAGGCAGCAAAGCCACGCCUCUAAAAACGCCCACACGUCCACAUGCAGCCAGCAGCAGCUACAAUUGUCAGCCCAACGACUUCAAGUGCGUUUCACAUCCUCACACUUGCAUCAAAGCGACGAUGGUAUGCGAUGGAAUCUACGAUUGUACGGAUCAUUCGGAUGAAUUUAACUGUACGCGUGAUUAUCUCAAUAAACCAAGCAGCAGCUUUAAGCGUUGGAAGAAGCAUCAGAAACGACAGACAGCGGAACAACGGAAUUGGCACAACACAAAGCAGCGAAUCGUGCAAUUAGCGCAGCAUUUUGAAGGCGCUGGGCCUGAGCCCGGCAGCUAUUUGCCACCAGCAGUCAGCAGACCAGAGCCCAUUGUGCCCCAUCGUGACUACAGCCUGAAGUUGGAUACUCAAUCCAGCAGUCUGCGCAUUGGUGAAUCCACUGAAGUCGAAUGCUAUGCCUCGGACAAAAGCUAUACGGAUGUCAUUUGGGAGCGUGUCGAUGGUGCACCACUCAAUGCCAAUGUUCAGCAAGUGGGCAAUCGCCUGAUGUUGAAUGAGGUUACCGCAGCCGAUGAGGGUAAUUAUAUCUGCAAGUGUCGCACCGAUGCUGGAGAUCUUUAUACCACCAGCUAUGUGCUCACCAUUGAAGCGCAGCCACAUGAACUCAAGCGUCCCAAGAUUGUUUAUGCCCAGGUCGGCGAUAGGGCGACACUUGAUUGCGGUGCCGAUGAGCAACGUCGCCCCAAUUAUCGCUGGUCCCGUCAAUAUGGACAGCUCCAAGCCGGACGUGAUAUAAACGAAGACGAACUAAUACUGGUGAAUGUGCAGGCGAAUGAUGCAGGCAGUUACAUCUGCACUGGCAUCUAUCCCGAUGGUGAAUCUAUCGAUUAUCCGAGCAUAUUGGUCGUCUCUGGAGCGAUACCACAAUUCCAGCAACAGCCACUGAGCUACAUGAGUUUCCCCACAUUGCCAAACUCGGCAUUUAUGUUUAACUUUGAGAUUACCUUCCGGCCAGAGUCGGCCAACGGACUGCUGUUGUUCAAUGGACAGACACGCGGCAUGGGCGACUAUAUAGCUCUGUCACUCAAGGAUCGCUAUGCCGAGUUCCGUUUCGACUUUGCCGGCAAGCCAAUGCUGGUGCGUGCCGAGCAGCCGCUGCAGCUGAACGAGUGGCAUACGGUGCGUGUGCAUCGCUCACGUCGCGAUGGUUACAUGCAGCUGGAUGAACAGCAUCCGGUGGCAUUCCCAACGCUGACGCAGACACCACAGAUGGAGCUCACCGAGGAUCUGUAUAUCGGUGGCGUGCCCAAUUGGGAUAUGCUGCCGGCGGAGGCAAUGGCCAAUGGUCAGCACAGCGGCUUUGUUGGCUGCAUUAGUCGCCUCACGCUCCAGGGACGCACCCAUGAGCUGAUGAAGGACGCCAAAUUAAAGGAGGGCAUUACCAGCUGCAAACCCUGCGCCCAGUCGCCCUGCGCCAAUGGCGGCAUUUGCCUCGAAAGCCAAACGGAACUUGCCUACACUUGUGUCUGCCAAAAGGGCUGGACCGGACGCAAUUGCGCCGUCGAGGGCACCCAAUGCACCCCCGGCAUCUGCGGCGCUGGACGCUGUGAGAACACUGAACUGGACAUGGAGUGUCUUUGCCCGCUGAACCGCACCGGCGAUCGUUGUCAGUACAUCGAGCAUCUGAGUUCGCACAGUCUGAACUUUAAGCGCAACAGCUAUGCGGCCUAUGGUACACCCCGCGUUGCCCACCUGAACAUAACCAUGUCGGUGCGUCCUUCGAGCCUGCGCGAUGCUCUGCUGCUCUACACCGCCGAAUCGAAGCUGCCCAGCGGCGAUUACGUCGCUUUGGUAUUGCGCGAUGGACAUGUGGAGUUGAUCAUUAAUACAGCUGCACGUUUGAAGCCCGUUAUUGUGCGCUCCCAGCAGCCACUGGCGCUGCAUAGAUGGACACGUGUCGAGCUGCUGCGUCGCCAAGGUGGCAGCAUUUUGCGCGUGGGCGAUGAGCCCGAGCAGCGUGCCAAGGCAGCGGGCGCACCACGCAUUUUAUCGCUUAAGACGCCGCUCUAUGUGGGCGGCUAUGAUCGUGCCAGCGUCAAGAUCAAUCGCGAUAUAAACAUAACCGACGGCUUCGAUGGCUGCGUCUCGAGACUUUACGAUUCCAAUCGUGCCGUGCAGCUGAUUUCGGAUAUUGUGGAUGCAGCCAAUGUGCAAAACUGCGGUGAACUCAAUGAGAUUAGUGGCGAUCAUGAUGCGGAUAGUGAGCUGCCAUCCAUGCCAGCGGCUACAGCUGGUGGUGCUGCUGGUGGUGGUGCCACCUCUAACGACAACACCAACUCCGCUGAGGAUGAGCAAAUGCCACAGACGCCCUGUGCCAGCGAUCCUUGCGAGAAUGGCGGCAUCUGCAACGAAGUUGACAAUCAGCCAAUCUGUGAUUGCCAGCUGGGCUUUAGUGGCAAACGUUGCGAGGAGCAUAUACAAAUUGGUUUCAAUGCCUCGUUCCGCGGCUCUGGCUACAUGGAAUUGGAUCGCAAUCAAUUCAGCACCGAAGUGGAUCAGAAAUAUACCACAGUGGUGGUUGUAUUCAGCACCACCAAGCCCAAUGGCCUGCUGCUCUGGUGGGGACAAAAGGCUGGUGAAAAUUUCGAUGGCCAAGAUUUUAUUGCCUUGGCUGUUGCCGAUGGCAUGGUCGAGUUUGCUUUGCGUCUUAAUGGAGAGGAAACUCUUAUACGCCAUUCGGAUACACCAGUGGACGAUGGUCAACGUCAUAUCGUCAUACUGAAGCGUACGGAGAAUACGGCCAUACUCGAAGUCGAUCGCAUUUCAGACUUUGAUGAGACGCGACCCACCAAACGCAAGGAAAUGCAUUUGCCUGGCAAUGUCUAUAUAGGCGGCACUCCCAACAUUGAAGCGUUUACGGGCAAACGUUAUACGCAAAAUUUCAACGGCUGCAUUGUCUUUGUUGAGGGCGAUGCUGCUGGCCAAAUGAAUCUGGGCAAUGCUGCCGUCAAGGGUGUCAAUGUCGAUACCUGUCCAGUUAACGAUGAGGCCCAGGGUGGCACCGAACCCCCAGUGGUUUAAGGCACUACACAACACCACCAACCCC